AUGAGCGUACAAAGAAGCCCCACAAGAACCAGCUCACAGCCAGAUCUGUCAACGCAUCGCGAUGAUGACCCCAUCAUUGCGGCCGCUAGAAAGAGAAAGGGCCCUGAAUGUCAUUGCAACCAUUUAGGGAUGAUGGAAGAUUUCUACAAUAAAAUUAUGACCUCAUUUAAUCUAGCUCUCGAGUCUCAAAAUAAGAACAUCAAAUGUGCCCUUGAUGGUAUAGGUGAGAAUCUUAGUGAUUUUAAGAAACAGAUGAGCGAUAUUAACUCGUCAAUAAAAAAAAUCUCUGAUGAGCACUCUGUCUUGAAAAACGAUAUUAGUGUCCUGAAAUCUGUGUCAGACUCGAACACCCAGCGUGUAAGUAUGAUGGCGAAUGAAAUUGCAGACCUACAAUCCACGGCAAGUCAGAUAUCCGACCAACUACGAUUAAAGGAGCAACAGGGUAGGAUAAACAAUUUGGAAAUCACUGGCAUCCCGGUCACGAGGGGUGAAAAUUUGAAUAACAUCAUACACACUAUUGCUAAGAAAGUGGGCUUCGCUUUGUUACCUACAGACAUCGAUUAUAUCCACCGUGUUCGGCGUUUUAAUUCGACUGGCACGGACAACUCGUCAAAAGUUGACAGUAAGCCCUCCCAUGACUCAUCCACCAUCCCCAACAUCAUCGUCAGAUUCACACAAAGACAACGUAAAAACGAAUUACUUGCAGCGGUGCGAGCGCGACGAGGUAUGACAACGGUUGACGUGGGCCUGGACGGUCCAUCUAGCACCAUCUACGUCAGUGACCACCUUGCACCACAUAAUAAAUUACUAUACAAGCAAACUCGUAUACUGGCUAAACAAAAUGACUAUAAAUAUGUUUGGCUAUCGGACUGUAAGAUAUUUGUGCGUAAAAAUGAUGCGUCUAGAGUACAACUAGUGUCUUGUGAAGCUGACUUAAAUAAACUUAAAAAGUGA